AUGUCUACUGUAGAAACAAGUCAAGUUGGAACAGUGUCGGUUUCCCCUGUAGAUGAUUUACAAAAUUUUGGCAUCAAUGUAUCAGAUAUUCAAAAAUUAAAAUCUGGGGGGAUUUUUACAGUUAAUACGGUAUUAUCGACAACAAGAAGAAAUUUGGCUAAAAUUAAAGGAUUAAGUGAGAUUAAAGUAGAUAAAAUCAAAGAGGCUGCAUCUAAAAUCAUUCAAGUCGGAUUUAUACCAGCAAAUGUUCAAUUAGAUAUUAGGAAAAACGUUUUCCAAUUAAGUACUGGCGCAAAACAGUUUGAUGCAAUAUUAGGAGGUGGUAUAAUGUCCAUGUCAAUUACAGAAGUAUUUGGUGAAUUUCGUUGUGGUAAAACUCAAUUGUCACAUACUUUGUGCGUUACUACUCAAUUACCAAGAGAGCUGGGAGGUGCUGAAGGAAAAGUUGCUUAUAUUGAUACUGAAGGUACAUUUAGACCGGAAAGAAUCAAGCAAAUUGCAGAAAGAUAUGAGUUAGACCCAGAUGCAUGCUUAGAGAAUGUUUCAUACGCAAGAGCAUUAAAUAGUGAACAUCAAAUGGAAUUAGUAGAACAAUUAGGUGAAAAAUUAAGUUCAGGUGCUUAUAGACUAAUUAUUAUGGAUUCUAUAAUGGCAAAUUUUAGAGUUGAUUAUUGCGGUAGAGGUGAAUUAAAUGAAAGACAACAAAAAUUGAAUCAACAUUUAUUUAAAUUGAACCGACUAGCAGAAGAAUUUAAUGUUGCGGUUUUCAUGACCAAUCAAGUUCAAUCGGAUCCAGGAGCUUCAGCAUUAUUUGCAUCUGCUGAUGGUCGGAAGCCCGUUGGCGGCCAUGUGUUAGCACAUGCAUCAGCAACAAGAAUUCUUUUAAGAAAGGGAAGAGGAGAAGAAAGAGUUGCAAAGAUUCAGGAUUCUCCUGAUAUGCCAGAAAGGGAAUGUGUUUACAUUAUUGGUGAAAAGGGUAUUACGGAUUCGAACGAGUAG